AUGGGUAAUCGAGUACGUGUUUAUCAGAUUCAUCCAGCCCUCUUCUCGCUGACGACUUGUCUCGCCCGUCAUCCAGUGCCGCUCAAAUCUCUUACUGGCGCAUACCGGUCACCAUCCAUUAUUUCUCCCUUUGUGACGCAAUCUCAGGCAGCCAUAUACACUGCCCGUCAACGUGAUGACUGGAGGACGAGUCCGGUCACGGAUUUUUACGUACCGUACCAUCCCCUGGGUCUUGAUUCACGCACGCCAGGGAUAGGCUCCGGUCCUUACGACGAUGUUCUGAGAACGACGUGUGGCAGAAAUGAGAUUUUGAUGAGGUGCAGAGAAGAGGGAAGUUGA